UGUGCACUGGUAAUUCUGGUACAGCCGCAACGAAAAGGUCGGAGGGUUACCCUGGUUAAAAAAGCACAACCGCCAGAGAAAUGUUGGCAGGCCAUCACCCAGCUGGGACCCAGACCGCUCAGAACGCCGUCGGUCGGCAAUCUGUACCGCUGCAACCAGGUGCGAAAUUUCGAAUGCAAGUGCGCGGGCGUGCCGUGACGUCCUCGGAUGGGGAUGGAUGGAUGGGUGGCUGGGCCCUGGUGGUGCCGUGAUGGUGGCCGAGAACCACCCUCCAAGGAGCAGGUUCCGGUGCCGUUGUGGUGCUUUGAAGAGACGAAGACGAAGAGGGAGGGGGCAUUGCUUCUGUCUCACGACAUGCCUCUUUCUGCACUUGUCUUCCUCCGGAGCCCUACGUGGUAGUGCCUUUGCGCCAACAUCUGUCUUAUCUGUGGUGCUGUAUGCCCCUCCCUGGUCCGCGCACCGGGGUCUUCAUGCAUCGGCAUAUUCGUUUUCGAUACCUGUUUCUGAUAGUGGACCAAAUUUCGAUGCAGUCUUUACACCUAUCUCAUGUGUGGUUGGAAAAAGAUUGCUCUCACUCCGAAUUGACACCAUUUCUGAGACCUAUUGCUUGCUGCCAGAGCUUAUUCCUCCCAUCGGUCAUCAAGUGGGAAUCUGGCCCUUCUGUCUUAUCAACAAUGCAAGUCUGCAGGGCAUUUUCCUAGCCUGACCGGUCGUCGAGGUUGCAGUAAAGUAGAUUCUUCUUCACACCCGCAUAUUGUGUCGGUUUCAACCUUUGAUUGGCCUUCCUUCGCC